AUGGCCCUCUCCAUCAGAGCAUCCUCGGGGCCUCGCCAGUUCUCCUCCCGGAGCGGAUACGGAGGAGGCUCUCUUAGGCUGUCUAGCAGCAGCAGUGCAGGGAGCUUCGGGGGGUUUGGCGGCGGGUCUCUGCUCAACUUUGGUAGCAGUAGUGGCGGUGGAUAUGGAGGAGGAGGAGGAUAUGGAGGAGGCAGUGGGUUUGGUGGAGGACUAGGUGGUGGAUAUGGUGGAGGGGGCUAUGGUGGAGGGCUAGGAGGGGGCUACGGUGGAGGGUUAGGAUCUGGCUUUGGAGGUGGCUUUGGGGCUGGAGGAGGAGGAGGAGGAGGAGGAGGAGAAAGCAGCCUUCUAUCAGGUACUGAAAAGGAAACCAUGCAGAACCUGAACGACCGCCUGGCUGCCUACCUGGACAGGGUGCGUUCGCUGGAAGAAGCCAACACUGAACUGGAACGCAAGAUCCGCGAAUGGUACGAGAAAAAUGGCCCUGGGGCUGGUGGCCCUGGGACCGGCAGAGAUUACAGUAGAUACUACCCUAUCAUUGAAGAUCUCAGGAACAAGGUGAGCAAUUUCCCCCUCCCCCCGCCAAUGAUGCCCUCCGAAGAGGCAUUGAUUGUUGAGGCAUUCUGGGAACUGCAGCUCCGUGAUUGGUACACAGGUCUCCUAACUUCUCUCAGUACCCUUAAUUAACUACAGUUCCCAAGAUUCUUUGGGAAAAUCCACAGUUGCUUGAAGUGGUAUGAUGAUGCUUUAGAUCAGCCUUCCUCAACCUGUGGGUCCCCAGAUGUUGUUGGACUACAACUCCCAUCAUUCCUAACUAGCAAGACCAGAGCUCAGGGAUGAUGGGAGUUGUAGUCCAACAACAUCUGGGGACCCACAGGUUGAAAACCACUGCUUUAGAUGUAUAGGACAGAGGGGGGCCUAUGCCAUGUUCAUUAAUUUCAGUGUGUCUACCGUGAGUGAAACUUAGUUGGCUGCCAUCCCAAGUUAGCUGCUGUGUGUGGUUUUGCAGGCAUGUUUUUAUUUCCAUGUGCCGUUUUAUCUGCAUGUAUUUAUUUUAGAAUUACUAGUGAAACGUUAGUACUCAUGAACAAGCAAUGGUCUGGGCAGAGCUGCAUUCUCUAGAAACGUUCUUCUUGUUUCCCAGAUCAUCAACGCAACGAUCGAAAAUGCCCGGGUUGUUCUUCAAAUUGACAAUGCAAGGCUGGCAGCUGAUGAUUUCAGGCUGAAGUAAGUAGACACCCAUUCCUUAUGAAACAUUCACCGCCCCGCUCCAAAUCUAUCAUCUUCUUUAGCUAUGUGAUCUGUACCUACUCUUUUGCGUUUGUAAAUAGUGGUAAGGUCAGGUGCAGAUCACAUAGAUCCAGCUACAUCAAGUCAUUUGAUACGAUGCCGUUUGUUUAACAGAAAGAGCUCUAUGUCUAAUUUCUUCUUAGAUUCGAGAAUGAAGUGGCACUUCGCCAGAGUGUCGAGGCCGACAUUAACGGCCUCCGCAGAGUCCUGGAUGAACUGACUUUGACCAGGGCUGACUUGGAGAUGCAGAUAGAGACUCUGAACGAGGAGCUGGCAUACCUCAAGAAGAACCAUGAGGAGGUAGGCCAUGUUGUACUUACAUUAUUUCAGUUUGUUUGUUUGUUUUCAUUUUUCAAGGGGAAGCCAGAGUCAGGUCUGCUUGCUGGAUCUUGUUCUCCAACCCUUGCUUUAGGGCAGAUCCUCACCAUAAAUUUAAAGCAUUUUCAAUGUACAUAGGUCUUCCCACAAAGACGUCUACAGUUCAUUGAGGGGGCUGGAAAGGGUAGCUCUGUGAGAGGGGAACUACAGUUCCCAGGGCAGCUGUCUACCAGCUCCAUCUGGUACGCAGGCUGAGACCCUACCUGUCUCACCAGAGUGGUGCAUGCUCUAGUUAUCUCUUGCUUAGACUACUGCAAUACGCUCUAUGUAGGGCUACCAUUGAAGGUGACCCAGAAACUACAACUAAUCCAGAAUGCGGCAGCUAGACUGGUGACUUGGAGCGGCCACCGAGACCACAUAACACUGGUUUUGAAAGACCUACACUGCCUCCCAGUACGUUUCUGAGCACAAUUCAAAGUUUUGGUGAUGACCUUUAAAGCCCUAAACGGCCUCGGUCCAGUAUACCUGAAGGAGUGUCUCCACCCCCAUCAUUCUGCCCGGACACUGAGGUCCAGUGCCAAGGGCCUUCUGGCAGUUCCAUUGCUGUGAGAAGCCAAGUUACAGGGAACCAGGCAGAGGGCCUUCUCGGUAGUAGCACCUGCCCUGUGGAAUGCCCUCCCACCAGAUGUCAAAGAGAAAAACAACUACCAGACUUUUAGAAGACAUCUGAAGGCAGUCCUGUUUAGGGAAGCUUUUAAUGUUUAAUAGACUAUUGUAUUUUAAUAUUCUGUUGGAAGCCGCCCAGAGUGGCUGAGGAAACCCAGUCAGAUGGGCGGAGUAUAACUAACAAAUUAUUAUUAUAGGGGGAGCCAUAUGUUUUAAAUGUAUGUUGGAUAAGCUUCAAAUGUAUAUUGUGGAUCUGCCCUUAGAGGCAGUUUUAGGGCUAAUAGUUGGAUCCGUUGUCAAAUAUGUGUGUGUUGGGGCAAACGCAGUCAAACUCUGAUAUACUUGGAUGCCACAAGGAAUGUGAAGUGCUUCUUCCUAUCAUAAAGCUUCUUAAACCUCAAAUGAGGAGUUCCCAAUCUGUGGUCCAUGGACCACGAGCAGUUCAAAAGUUUCACCCAGGUGUUCCUCAACAUGUCUGGGGUGAAUGGCAGUAGCAGCCACUGUGAAUGGCAGGCUCAGUGGCUGCUCUGUUGUUCUAAGAGGCAGGAGGACUGGAAGUGACCAGAAGAGGGUGCCUAAAAGGAGCAGAGAGGAUUGGCAGCCAGAAAGGCAGAGUGAGAGGCACAUCCAUUGCAUCAAAUGCUCACAUUGAGUUCUAAUUAUAUUUUUAUUGCUGCUUUUAUUGUAAUAUAUAUGUUCAUUCAAAUGUUCAGUUUAAAAAUUAUACAGAAUCAAGGACAAGUCAUUCUAACUGCUAUGGCAGGCAAAAAGAUUGUGAAUUGGUUCGCCAAAACCCUCAACCAUUUAAAAGUGGUCCAGGGCACUCCUGUUUCGUUUUUUAUGCUGGUUUUUAUGCGUGUUUUAUUUAUUUGUUGCUGUAAGUCGCUUUGAGCUACUUUUGUGUUUGUUUUAAUAAAAGGGCUGGUGAACUGCUUUUUUUUUAAAAAAAAAGUAUAGUAAGUUUAACAGUAUGAGGCAGUUUGAAUCCCCAUGACGGGGUGAGCUCCAAUUGUUCGGUCUCAGCUCCUGCCCACCUAGCAGUUCGAAAGCACAUCAAAGUGCAAGUAGAUAAAUGGGUACCUUUCCAGCGGGAAGGUAAACAGUGUUUCCAUGCGCUGCUCUGGUUCACCAGAAGUGGCUUAGUCAUGCUGGCCACAUGACCCGGAAGCUGUACGCCGGCUCCUUCAGCCAAUAAAGCGAGAUGAGCACUGCACCCCAGAGUCGGUCACGACUGGACCUAAUGGUCAGGGGUCCCUUUACCUUUUAAGCUGAACAAAUGAAUAAAAUAAAGACUGCUUGUUUCUAUUUGGUCUUCGCAGGAGCUCCAAGGACUCCAGGGCAGUGUUGGGGGGCAAGUCAGUGUGGAGAUGGAUGCUGCUCCAGGGAUUGACUUGACCAAACUCCUGAAUGACAUGAGAGCCCAGUAUGAGGCAGUGGCUGAACAGCACCGGAAAGAAGCUGAAGCCUGGUUCAACGAAAAGGUGACCGCCUUGGGAACAAAACCAUUUGCUCAGGUCAAAUGGCAAAAACUAGUGCUCCAAGGUGAACUGCGCCCUUCCUGUCCUUCUCCCCUCAUUCCGGCAUUUGAUGUUUCAGAGUGGAGAGCUGAAGAGAGAGAUCUCUACAAACACCGAGCAGCUCCAGUCGGGGAAGAGCGAAAUCACAGACCUGAGACGUACGUUGCAAAGCCUGGAGAUCGAGCUGCAGUCGCAACUUGCUAUGGUAUGGGAAUCCACCCACUGGGGCCUUUAAUGUCUCUUAUGUUUACAUUUUGCGGACGUGACCUUUAAAUCAGCACAAUGGGGCACGGCAGAGAGAGGAGGCAGAGGCUGCAAAUAUGGGUGAAUUCAGUAAACUUGUGGCAAGUUGACUCACACUGGCAGUGACAGAAGCCAGGCCCAGCAGGAAAACAUCAAGUGAGGUGUUGGCUCAAGCCUGACAGCAUGGUGGAUUAGUAUUUUAUCCACCCAGGCACCAGUCUCAAUGGGGAGCUGGAUUCUGUGGUUUAGCAAGCUGAAAAGGGGGCUGGUAGCUGCAGAAGCUGCUUAGAGCAUUAACGUUAAGAUUAUGGCAAUAGUUCUCACCUCUGCUCCAGUCGAAACUUAGAUCAGCCUUCUUCAAUCUGGUGCCCUCUUGAUUUUUUUUAGACUCCAACUCCCAUCAGCUCCAGCUACUGGGUUUGGUGAGGCAUGAUGUCUGGAGAGCACCUGUUUGAGGAAUACUGGGACUUGAACAUAGGCCAGCUGUGGGGAGGGGCUGAUUUGAACCAGAAGGCAGGCAUAAAUCGGGAAAAUUAAAUUAAAAACAAAGGGAAACAGGAAGUCACGGCAAAAUCCUGGGCACAGACUAGAGAGGAGCAAGAGUUGCUUAGUCACAGGCAGAGUGACCAUGACUGAAUGAUACCUUUCUAUGAGCCAGUGAAGAGUACCAAAAUCAACAGCUAGAAGUCCUACCAUUUUUCAAACUACCUGAGGAAAGGCAUGGGGAAGAAAUUUGGUUCAGUUUGCCUAUUAACACCUGUUUGUCUAACAUGCUUUCCCUGAAAAGAUAAGCGAAUAUUCACAACUGUGUGCACAAAAUGUAUUUCUUGAAGGACAUGCAUAUUAAAGCGCAUAUAUUUGUGGAGACAACGUGCAAAUUGCAUGCAAAAAAAUGUAUAAAUUGGGGUGGGGGGAGUACACGCAAAAUGCCGACAAAUUUUCACAAGGGCUUUUUUUGGGGUGAAAAACAAAAUUGCCAUGCGGUGUGGGAACGUAGCAAACUGAGCUUAAGAUCUGAAAAAUAAGGAAGAGAGAGAAGACAGAGUGGUCCAUCUCUAUCUGAGAGCCAAACAGCACAUUACAGGCAUCUUUUCAAGAAGUUUUCCUUUCUGUGGGGUUCCAGACAUGUGCCUUUGGAGGUGGGGAUUUUCAGAAGAGUGGAACAGGCAGGGAAGGGGGUUCGGGACCAUUUCCUUCCAGCUGUUUUUCUCCCCUCUUGAUCUCCCUUCCCAGACCUGGCUUUUUCCUCUUCAAAGGAGGCAACUGGGCCACAGUUACAUAGGUUUGUGAGCCAUGUGCUAUUGGGCCUGUGGGUUGCUCUGUCUUCCAUUCAAGAGUCAUAUGGGUGCCACUAUCUGACAAAAUACUUCUUCCACUUCAUUUCUUGUGUAUUGGGCUAACGCACCUCUCUUUCUUUCGAUACAGAAAAAAUCUCUUGAAGACACUCUAGGAGAAACCGAAGCAGGCUACUGUGCCCAGCUGGCUCAAAUGCAGCUUCAAAUUGGAAACCUGGAAUCCCAGCUUUUCCAGGUCCGAGCAGACAUGGAGCGGCAAAAUGUGGAAUAUCAGCAUCUCCUGGAUAUCAAGGCCCGUCUCGAGAUGGAGAUUGAGACUUACCGCCGACUGCUAGAUGGCGAAGUUGGGUAGGAAGGCUGCCAAAUUUACCUCUCUCACUGCGGAGUAGGUUCUCUCACACUGAGACUGAGCAUACAAUGUACCUACAUAAAGCACAUUGGAAGCACAUUUUCCUCCCUCAAGGAAUUAUGGGAGUUGUGGUUUUUAAGGGUUCCUGGGAACUGUAACCCUGUGAGGAAUAAACUACAGAACCCAAAAUUAUUUGAGAGGAAGAAUGUACUUCAAAUUGUGCUUUCAAGGUAUAGUGUGGGCGCACCCUGAGCUUGCUCUGUCUUUACUGUGCCCAAUUCUGACAAAAGGAUGUGGCCUGAUAUUUCUACCAUCUCUCCACAGGUCAUUUGAAAGUGCUUCCGUGGCAAGUGUCAAGUCGGUGGAUUCCUCUCGCGGUGAGCAAACAUUAGGAUUGCAGUUGCACAGCUUGGGCCUGCCAAAAAUACAUAACAAUUACUUGGGUUCAGGAUUCCAGCCAGCCAGCCAUGCCAUGCCCUUUCCUGGGAUACUCCAUUCCAUUCCCCUUUCUCACCCCCAGCUUUUCCAUUUUCUCCUCAGCAUUUAGUCACCUCAUCAGACUGUUGCCACUAAACCUGCUCAGUCUUUACUGGGCUCGUGUAGGAUAUUCCACCCAGCCCCAUAUAAAAUCAUUAUUUAUUUCAUUUAUGAAUCGCCUUUUCUCCAGAAGGAGUCUGGGACUAUGCGCAAUAAAUAAAUAAGACAAACUGGUUAUUUUGUACUUCUACAAGCCUGGGGAUUGCCCCCCGAUCUUACUGAGAGCAUUACCUCCCAUUUAUGGAGCUGUUUGGAGCUAUGAAAGACCCACACAUGGAAAAUGAGUUUGCUAAUGGUAUAUAGCAGAAGCAGGAAACCACAAGCCCCAGGGGGCAACUAUGGCCCUCAUCAGCCAUGCUUCAUGCCCUUCUUGUGGGUUUUUGGCCUGGCUGAAGCAAAUCCCUUAACUGUGAUCAUUACUUUCGCUUGUCAGGAUGGGGGAUAAAGAGUGGGGGGGGUAUCAGUGUGUUCAGGAACUAGCUAAUAAUAAUAAUAAUAAUAAUAAUAAUAAUAAUAAUAAAUUUAUUAUUUAUACCCCGCCCAUCUGGCUGGGUUUCCCCAGCCACUCUGGGCGGCUUCCAACAAAACACUAUCAUACAGUAACCUAUUGAACAUUAAAAGCUUCCCUAAACAGGGCUGCCUUCAGAUGUCUUCUCAUCUGUACAAAGACUGUACUGUCUCUACUGUACAAAGGCAAAAUUUGCAUUCAUCGCUCUGUCCCACUUUUGCCUCUGACCUGACCAACACCACUGGCCCUUGAAGCCUACCUUGGGGGGCAAUUUGGCUCCGCCCCUUCAAAAUGCCAUAAACCGCUGGUCUGAAUACUUCGACCUUGCACUAACAUCUCCUUUUUUGCUUACUGCCACCUGGAGGACGAAGGCUUUGUCUUUCCAAGCUCCUGUGGCACCCACAAGCAUGUUUUGCCUCUUGGAUUCAUUUACUGACUCUGCCAGAGCAAGUACUUUCAUUUAAAGUAUCCCGAGCUAAACUGAACGCUUGGGAAACGUGAAACAGGUCGUGUGGAAGUGAAACGGUUUGUGAAACUUCUGUUUUGUUUUUGUUUUACUCAGAUCCAAACAAAACCAGGAAGAUCAAGACCAUCGUCGAAGAGGUCGUGGAUGGCAAAGUGGUUUCAUCCCAAGUUAAGGAAGUUGAAGAGAAGAUAUAAGAGAAAAGCUUCAACAAUUAGUUCUGCAAAUGUGCGCAAUUACUAGGUUUACUUUUUCUCCAAUCGCUGCUUUCCUCUCUUAAGCAUGAAAUGUUACAGAAGCAAAGAUGCAUUUGAAAUUUCUCUCUAGCCGAGUGAUUCAAUAAAAACUCUGCUUCAGCUUGCA